CAAGGGAGGGGGCAAAACUCCGCCUUCCAGAUCGCUACAUUAUACCAAUUUUCUGCCUCUGCCUUGCUAUAGUGUUACCUGGGGAUUCCCUCCUUGGGUUUCAUUCAUUAGAAUCCGUUCGGAAUCUCCCACACAUCCUCAGAAAUUAUCUCCAGAGUUACAGCUGCAAACCCGAAGAAAACGAUUAAAAAUAAAAAAAAGAAGAUUGCUCUUUUUUAUGCCUGAUCUAUUUGGAUUUGGGGUUGCUGCUGUUACAGUAAAAUGAUUGAGAGACCCGAUUCUGCAGUUUCCAGCAUAGCGCAGAGGAAUCUGGAGGGAUAUGUUGGAUUCGCCAACCUCCCCAACCAGGUCUACAGAAAGUCUGUGAAGAGGGGCUUCGAGUUCACACUGAUGGUUGUAGGUGAAUCAGGCCUGGGAAAAUCCACCCUCAUCAACUCACUCUUCCUCACAGACCUCUACUCCAAGGAGUACCCUGGGCCCUCGCAGCGCAUCAAAAAGACUGUCCAGGUAGAGCAGUCCAAAGUGUUGAUUAAAGAAGGCGGGGUCCAGCUCACCCUGACGAUCGUCGACACUCCCGGCUUUGGGGAUGCGGUGGACAACAGCAACUGCUGGCAGCCAGUCAUCAACUACAUUGACAGCAAGUUUGAAGACUUCCUGAAUGCAGAGUCUCGUGUCAACAGGAGGCUUAUGCCUGAUAACAGGGUGCACUGCUGCCUGUACUUUAUCGCCCCCUCUGGCCAUGGGCUCAAGCCCCUGGACAUCGAGUUCAUGAAGAGACUUCACGACAAAGUGAAUGUCAUCCCUCUCAUCGCCAAGGCAGACACCCUUACCCCUGAGGAGUGCCAGCUCUUCAAGAAACAGAUCAUGAAGGAAAUCCAAGAACACAAAAUCAAGAUCUAUGAGUUCCCCGACACAGAGGACGAUGAAGACAGCAAGCUGAUCCGGAAGAUCAAGGAGAAGAUGCCCCUCGCCGUAGUGGGCAGCAACGUGGUCAUCGAGGUCAAUGGGCGGAAGGUCAGAGGUCGCCAGUAUCCCUGGGGUGUAGCAGAAGUCGAGAAUGGAGAACACUGUGACUUCACAAUUCUCCGCAACAUGCUGAUCAGAACUCACAUGCAGGACCUGAAGGAUGUGACGAACAAUGUGCACUAUGAGAACUACCGCAGCAAGAAGCUGGCUGCUGUCACCUGCAAUGGAGUGGAUGCCACCAAGACCAAGGGCCAGCUCACCAAGAGCCCCCUGGCCCAGAUGGAGGAGGAGCGGCGGGAGCAUGUGGCCAAAAUGAAGAAGAUGGAGACGGAGAUGGAGCAGGUCUUUGAGAUGAAGGUCAAAGAAAAGAAGCAGAAACUGAAGGAUUCGGAGGCGGAGCUGGAGCGGCGCCACGAGCAGAUGAAGAAGAACCUGGAGGCGCAGUACAAGGAGCUGGAGGAGAAGCGCCGGCAGUUCGAGGAGGAGAAGGCUAACUGGGAGGCCCAGCAGCGCAUCCUGGAGCAGCAGAAGCUCGACGCCUCCAAGACCAUGGAGAAAAACAAGAAGAAGGGAAAGAUCUUUUGAGAGGCACCUCAGGCCCUCCUCAGUCCCAAAUAAACCACAAACUCCUUUUGACAUCAUCGCAUCCCCCUGCUGAAUACUAUAUCUGGGCAGAAUCUCCAUCCACACUCCAGACACACCAACGUUCCAGGACACAUACUCGCUCCACUAUACCACACGCAUGUAGAAAUACUUCUGCCCUGACCCGCCUGUACAAUAUCUAUAAGCAUCCUUGCUGAUUCAUCCUUAGGCAUUGCGCCGUACUGAUGCAAACUAUGCACAGAUCUCUUCAUCCGCACUGCUACUCUGUGCAUCGACCAACACACCUACUGCAUACCUGCGUAGCUUCCACACACCACCCGCCAGCGCACUCACACCUACAUGCCAAGCCAGCUGAGCAAGACACCACAUCACACGUGUACCCAUUCCCAGCAUACCUCUGAGAGGACUUCAGGAAGCAGUGCCAUGGAGAGCUGGUGAAAGGAUUGCCAGGGCAGAGAAAGGAACUGGCCUGGAUGCAGGAUGACUGGUGCCGGCAGCUUAUCCUAAACCUGCUUGUAGGGGUUUGAAAAAAUGGGGGGUUUGGGGGAGGGUGCAAGGCUAUGCGGAGGAUCACAGGAGAGGCAGAGAGGAUCGAACUGGAUUGAAGCUGCGGAUCUAGUUUGGUGAUUCCAACACUGAGAUCAUCAACGUCCCCAGCUGGUGGCAAACUAACGGCAUCAGUGAAGCGUCCUCUUCGGCGCCAGUUUAGACACAGAUGUGGAGCUGUGACACUGGCACAGCACUAUCUUCUUCCCAGCACCUUCUUGCUCAGAAGACGGGACGCUACAGUCACUCAUGUCUAACAGUUCCUGUUGUGUGUAGGAAGUCUAAUGCUUUUUGAAGGGGAAUCAUACAGAAUCUCACCUGUACUUCUCAAUACAACACCACUUCCAUCCCAGGAAAGCUGACAAAAUUUAGUGUGUAGUGUUAAUCACUGUGCCACUGUACUGCAGUGAUGUUGUCUGCCAUUUAAAGGCUCAAAGCAUGUUUCUUCCACCAGUGUGGAGUAUAUUUAUUAUUGGCAUAAUUCAAACAAAAUGAUUCUCACUGUUUUCUCCUUGACAUCAUGGGUUGAGUGUUAAAUUCAUUUUCUUUUGUUACAGUGAUAUGGUGGGAUUUUGCUUCUGAUCUUUAGACCUUAUUAGCUGUGGACUAAAAGGGUGUGAAACAUCCCAAUGUUGAAUGAAUACCUUCUUUUAAGGUUAUUUUCUGAGGCCAGAUACCUGUGUUAAACCGAAAACCACCAUUGAUGGGCAUUUGAGAGUGGCAGAUUGGAAAAACCUUGGUUCAGUGUGCCCUGGCUUCCUCUUAGAUAUCUACCAAAAUUGAUUUAGAUUAGUAGCUAAGACUAAGUAUAGGAAUUUGUAACCUUCCAGACUAGUGAAAAUGUCUGAACUUGUUUACAGGUUCCAUACAAUAUCAUUAGUCCACUGUGGAUGAAUAGGGUAGCUAGUGUGUCUAUCAGGAUAAUGGUCACACACAGCUGGAUCUCCAGUCUAUGUUGAGGCUCAAUGUGUUACUACAGAAAGCCUGAAUGCAAACACCAGGGAAAGUUUGAAGAGUUUCGCCUGUAAUCCAGAAGUAAGACAUUCCUAUGCAGUUUAACUCAAUUUUACCAGAAAUGGAUGUUGUGCAUUCAGAAACUACUGAUAAAAAGCACAAAACUAAAAAAAUAAAUACAAAUGCAACAUGGUUUUAAGGCUUGACAUUUGAGAAUAAAGUGAUAGAUAUGAGUAUGCUACGUUAGCUUGGAAAUGUGGUUUGAAAAAUGUCCUUAUGCUGAAUUAGGCUGGUUGAUUGUCAUGUUGAACUUCAGAAUAUCUUCUCUCUUGUGAAGCUCUUCCAGGCCUUUCACUUUUUUUCAGGUGUGUUUUCAAGUAUUUAAAAAUCUAGUGACUCUAACUUAAACUCACUUCACUGCAGUCUGUACCUGGCAAAUAUAAGUCCAGGCCACUGAAGGAUUGUUAAGAUACGGUGCAUUUAUUAGCUUAAUUUUACUGUUGACAGCACCACACUGCACCAGAGAAGUUUUUGUGACCAAGUAGAUCAUGAUACAGUAUUACUUUAAGUAAUAAAUAAAAAGCAGAAACAAUGCUCUGUUUGUGAAAUCCAUUUCAACUUGCAGGCAUUUCAGAGGUGUGUGGGUACCAGCAACAAUUUCAAAUGGUAACCAUAGUGUUCUAUUAAUUGCUCUAAAGUGUAUCCUACAAAGGUUUAGUAAAAUGUCCAGCAAAGUUAUUUUUCUAUUUGAUUCAUAAAGAGGUCCUCAAAUAUGGAAGAAUUUGAGUAAACAGGAGCUGAAUUGAAUGGAAUACCCCAUAUAAAAAGUGAGUUUUCUUCCAGUUAAAACCAGAUGUGUGCCCAAGCUAUGCAAUUGGACCAGCCUCUACUGUACUGUUUUAGGUGGAAUGUCAGCUGAUACUGUGCUCUUUUAUCCCUGCAUGUUUGUACUGCUUGAAACUAAUAGAUCUAGUUUGACAUCACUUUGCCGGUUUAUUCUCUUAUGCUAACAACAGCUCUUUCCCCUCUCUAUUGCUACCUACUCCUCCUUCCAGGAUAAUAUUGUAGAAAAUAAGACACUCUGGACUCAAACAGCUGUGACUAUUCAGGCUUUUCGGACAUCUGGACUGAGAGUAGCAGGUCUGGUUUAUGAAGUGAUACAUUGCUGUGUAAAUUUCUCUUUUGAUAUCUGUGUGAAAUCCGUUGAGGAUCCAGUUGUCUUGUCCUUGUGCAGAAGUGGUCUUGUGGUGGAACGUAUUGAAGGCUUUGCUAAUUGACAAUACAGUGAUGGGGGGGCAAGUAUAUUCAAAUAAUAAUAAUAAUGUCAAUUAUUUCAUUGAUUAAAAAAGGCUAGAAAUGGAAUCACUCUGAACUGAGUCAUCUCAAGGUGUCUUCCACCAUCACUGACUCCUGCUUGCUUUGGAUGAUUGGAUGAAUUGGAAACUGGGUUUUCUUUGGAGAUGUCCUUUUCAAAUCUUCCUGUUUCAGAUUUUCCCUUUGCCUGCUCUUUCUUGUGCAGCUGUGAUUUGGGGAGAUCAGGCCAAUGCAAAAGGCUGCUAUCUUUUUUUUAAUUCAAACAUGAUUCACUUAAAAAAAAAACACAUAGAAGUGGAAGGUUCCAAGAAGGUGGGAGAAAAGAUGUGCAAAGUGAAAGCAAGGGGGGCUAUGAGCUGCCUGAGCAGCGAUGGAGGAGAAUUCAGCAGGCUUUGGAAAUAUGUGACCUCUGAGUAAAGCAAGAGACAGCAGGACAAGGCAGGAGUUCCCAUCUCAGGACCCUGUGAAUAGCCACUCCAUCCCGUGUGGCUCUUCUGUUUCCAAUCUUAAAUCUGCAUACCGUUUGUAAAAUCGUUUAAUCAUUUGUACAUCUGGGCAUUCAGAUAUUUUGUCUGUAUCCAAAAGUGAGUACAUUGGAAUGGUGAUGUUAUUAUUGUCAUAUGUAUGUUAACUUUUUUUAACAUUUUGCAGGACGUGCCAAAACCCAGCAUUUUAUGUCUGUUUUAGUGAGGUUAAAAAGAGUGCUGAUUUAUUUGAGUUAUACUGUAUAAAGGUAUGAACCUCAAAGGGAAAAGUAAAAACAUUCAAUAAGGAGAAAGUCCUAGGUCCUGCAGGAUCUGCAUAUGCUCGGUGUGAUCGUAAGCCCAAGGAAAUAUCAUUUCUGUGCUACUGUCGUGUAUAAGGUAUUUUGAAAACCAAAAAAUAAAAUAACACUCUUUUUGGUAGUUAUUCCUAACUAGGUAUGUGUUGGAGCAUUAUUUAUAAUCCGUGUGUUUGGUUAGAUUUGGGUCCAUUUAUCAUUUUUUACAAGCUGACACCACAAUUGUAGUUUCCAGAUGAAUAAAAAUUACUUUUCCAUGAUAGUAAUAGAGUGUAUAGCAUUGCCUUUCCUAAGGUGACACUGCAAGGCAGAUGUUGGCUUCAUGACACCCUUGGUGUAUUUAGAGUAUGAGCAAUAACCUGUCGGAUCAAUGUUAUUUACUAAAAACACUACCCAGUGGCAGACACAUUCUUGUUCGCUGCUUAAACUCUAGAGGUGGCCAGUAGAGACCCAACACGGCCAUUUUUCCAGGCCAAUCCAAUGAAACAUGGUGGCUCACCUUCACUAUCUCUAUUCUUCUUAGUCUGUGAUUGUUAGUGUUCAGCAGGGCAUUUUCUGCCUGUGGGUCCACUUGUCUGAGGAAACAAGCAAUUGGGUUUCAGGCGAAAGACGUUCCAUUUCCAUGAAAUCCAUAAAAAAAUAAAUCUUUGUAUAUACCCAUCAAAAGAGGGCAUGGGUGUGAAUAUGUUUUGUAUUGAAAUAUGUUAUAUGCAGAACUGCAGCUCAGCAAAAAAAAAACAUAAAACAUUUUGGUGAAUGACUGAAGGUUUUAACUGUAUCCAGUAUUGUAUUUUCUCUUGCACCCUGUGUUGAAUCUUGGCCGUUUCAUGUCACCCGCUGAGUGUCUAGACUGCAACAGCAGUACCCGCAGGAAUCAUGGGAGUAUGCCUAUUGACUUGCAGCUUCCUGUCUGGGAAUUCUGGGAAGGAAACAAUGUGCAUACUGAAUCAUUCUUGCACACUGUUCUUGUUCUAGCAGGAAGGUGGCAGCCUCAAGCUAAAUGUUUACUCAUCACACCACCAUUAAGAUGAAACCGUUAAUCCAAUCCUCUCAAUUUCCUUCUUAGUAUUGAGACACUGUGUUUGCUUUGUUUUUGUCUUGUAGCUCAUUUUGUAAUUAUUAAAGGAUAUAAUAAUGAA